AUGCCCAUCAAGCUACCAAAGGGCUUUCAAAGAAGGAAAUCUUCAGGCAAUGCCUUGGAUGAGGCCAGUUCACCGGUUGGCUCUUCAUUUAGAGUUAUUGAGAGGCCAGAAACCAAGUCAUUUGAGGCUGGCACCUUGACACGAGCGAUUGGAGGCUCGUCGUCUGCUCUCAAAUCCAAGAAUAGCUUCGAGCACGAUGAUGAAAACAUGUUCCGUGUGUCUACAGGCAUGCGUCCCGAUGCAACCAACCGUGGAAGUGGUGGGACCGAGCAUUCCGUCUCAACUGCCCCUUAUGACAGCGCCGCUUCAUCCUCACGGUUGAGUGUUUCUACGAAUCCCUCGUCGAUCGAUGCUCGUUCAGACCGGAAUGUACAGGCUCAAUAUAAAGAUAUUCCCGCGCCUCCACCACCAUCAGCGAGGCCCGGAUUCCUGCGCAAUUCCGCCCGGACAUUCUCCCUGGGUAUGGGGUUGAAGUCUAAAGAUACACCAACCUCAUCUCCGGCAGAUUCGCCGGGCGGGCCGUAUCUGCCCCAGGUGCCUCACGAGCAAAGAGGGCGUGCCGCCACAGCCAGUAGCGCAAGUACCGCGACACCUCCACGGUUGUUCGACUCGGAUCUUGCUCUUGACAACAGCGAGCUGAAUGACUUUGGUAACAUGUUUGAGGGGAUUGGAAUGCAUAGCCGUGACUCCAGCCCGGGGCUGUCUAAGCAUAAUAACCUCACCGCAUCUCCUUCCUCAGAUUACCCUCCGAACAGCUUCCCUGCUACCUCGCAACAACGCUCCACCCGCGCUCCUGCCCCAAAGCCGAUCUCUACGAAUCGGUACGAAACUAUCGAAGAAUCGCCCUAUUCCUGGAAUUCGCAUAACUCGAGGGAGGGAUUGAUCAGAUCUCCUUCACCAUCGAAGACCAUAACGCAGAACAGCCCCCCAGUGCCUGCGCAUGCCCCAUUUACGGUCAACAAAACCCGAGGUCCGAAUCGGAAGCCUCUACCCCCUGAAAGUGAUAUGCUCAACAACGAGCUGUCGAAUACAAGCGAGGAUGCUCGACUGACGAAGAGUGAAACGAUUGACUCUUACCAGAGCGCCGAUGCAGACGUCGAUCCAGCUCUGCUCGAGAGUAUGGACCUAGCAAAUCAAUGGGCCGAGACUAAGCCGACCGUCAACAGGCUACCUUCCAGCAACAAGAUCAUGACGCCUGCUCAAUUUGAGCAGUACAAGCGACGGCAAGACGAGGAUAGAAGACUAGGGGCUUCUCGCGAUAGCGACUCGGAGGACGAGAUCAACUAUGACGAUGAUGAAGAGGAGGAGAGAGAAAGACUGGCGGCGAAGAAGAGGCACAAGCAAGAAGCCCACCUUACGGUGUACCGACAACAGAUGAUGAAAGUCACUGGUGAACAAACCACCGGUCGUAACAGCAGCCUGGGCCCCACACUCGAUCCACGGGCCAGUCCUAGCCCGAACGCGCUCGACAACCGCAUUUCACACCUGACGACUGGUACACAGCAGUCUGGGAAGAGUAGUGGCGAGGAAGAGGACGAAGAUGAGGAUGUCCCGCUAGGAAUACUGGCAGCACAUGGCUUCCCGAAUCGAAACCGACCACCCACCCAACUCAUGCAGUCCUCGUCCAACCCGAACCUGCGAGCGUUCGCUCAACAACAGCAGCCACAGCCGAACACUGUUGCGCCAUCGGCAGCAGGUGAAUCGGUCAAGCGCGGCAGUCUGCCUGUCUUUGCACGACAUUUGCCGCAAGAUCCGUACUACGGUGCCAGCGUCGUCAACCCAAUGCACCGCGAAUCGCUUGCCAUGCAUUCGCAGCAGGUCCCGCAAGGGGCGGGCGCUUCAACGCAACAUCCAGUGCACCCGGCGGGCCUGGUGGGCGUGAUUGCUGGGGAGGAAAAGGCACGUGCUAUGCGACGUGGCAGCCCGAAUACCCAAGGCAAUUAUGAUCUGCCGCCUGCGAUGCAGCACCCUGGUAUGAUACGGUCUCAAACUGCUGGCCCGGGCAUGAUGCCAAUGAUGGCAGGUAUGCCUCCUAUGCCAGGCAUGGGUGGUAUGACACCGGGAGAUCAUGCUCAAAUUCAAAUGUCGCAGCAGAUGACCCAGAUGAUGCAGAUGCAGAUGCAGUGGAUGCAGCAAAUGCAGCAAAUGAUGGGGAAUCAGAACUUGUCGCCAGGAGGCAUGACACCUGGUGAGAUGCAGCCGAACUUUCAUCAACCGGCUCCUAGCAUGAAUGGUCGGCCACCCACAAUCCAGAUGAACUCUGCUCCACAUCUUAACGGGAGGACAAUGAGUACCUUGACGCCCAGUAUGGCGUCGUGGAACCUUGGAGGCCAGCAUGGACAUGGGACCUACGCUGCGUCGAUCGCCCCAUCUGAGCGCAGCAACGUCGGGCUUGCGUCACGUUAUCGGCCUGUUUCGACCGUCCAGGACAUGGACCUAGGCUCGGCAAGGCGAGCGUCCACAUUUACAUCCACGUCGGUGCGACCCUGGUCCCAGAUGGACCUGAAGGCUACUUCGAACACCCGUCCGUCUGUGAGCCCAGUGGGUCGGAAGUCGGUACUCGCUCAAGAUGAUGACGACGACGACGAAGGCUGGGCGGAGAUGAAGGCUAAGAAAGACAGGAAGCAAAAGUCAUGGAAGCUGAGGAAAGGGCAAAGUGCCUUGCAAGAACUCUACAACGGCGUACCCUGA